AUGUGAGCACGAGUCAGGAAGGAGCGCGAAAGAAGGAGCACCAAAGACCACACGCCCAAAUAAAAGAGAAAAACGGUUGCAGAGGAGAGGAGGGAAAAUUCAAAGUCAAAGCCCAGUGCAUGGUCAAUGAGAUCAAUUUAACUUGCAGUCCUGCGUUUGUUUUCUCAAGGGAUAUACCAUCAGGCUUCAGUGAAUUGCCAGUGGAGUGAACAAGCGAGCAGCCAUCCAAGUUGUUCUACCUUUGCCAUCUGUGGCUUGGCUCCUUGUCGAAACGGUCAGACUGUCAGAGCUGCAAAAGACCCGGUGCUGCCUGCAGAGAUGGACGCAGAUGCCAAGGACAAGGAGAGGAAAACCAAGAUCCAGUUCUCAGUCCCGUCCGCUGUGCCCCUUCAGCUGGACCCGCGACAGGUGGAGAUGAUUCGGAGGCGGAGACCAACACCCGCUACGCUAUUCCGUUUGACAGACCAACCGUCUCCCGAGGAGGAAAACGACAAUCACCAGUGGGUCAUUGGGGAAAAUGGCGUCCUCACCAAGAACAUCAAUGCGCAUGUGUACCAGCCUCCAUCACUCAAAGCUGUACAGAGGAUGGCUCAAGCCCGCAUGAAGUCUCUGGGAACCUGUGGCCCUGAAGAGACAGAUGACUUCUCUGGGGAGGAAAGCGUGGACUGUGAGGAGAGCCUGGAUAUAUCCCCUGUCUCCACCACUGGGUCAAGGGUCAAUUCAGAGGGAAGAAUUGCCCAGUUUCUUCACCUGAGAGUUCCACAUGGAGAGGAGGAAGAGGAGCUGGAUGAUGAGGAGAAGAGGGGAAAAGGUGGACCAAGGAGGACAAAGAAGAAGGGAGAAUAACAGAGCGCUGUGUGUUACAGAGAGGAGAUUCAGAUUCUGUGGCAAAAGAUGAUUGACGAUCCAGAGUGAUGUUUUCUAAUUAUUAUAUAAAGAGUGUGGAGAAAAUAUCUAAAUACGUGUGUGUGCGUGCGUGUGUGCGUUUGUGCAGUUGUGUGUGUGCUUGCUUGCAUUCGUGUGUGUGUGUGUGUGUCAGUGGAGGCUCCUCAGAGGAGGAAGGGGAGGACCGUCCUCCUCAGUGAAUUUCAUAAAAAUGUAAAUUGUAAAACAUUCAAAAAGUUAGUAUUUCUAGAUAAAACCAUACUAAAUACAAUCAUGUCACCGAACAAUUGAUUAAAACAUACUAUUUUGCCAAGAAGGUCUCCUGUAGCCUCAACAGCACUCUGUAGGGUAGCACCAUGGUGUAGCCAGAGGACAGCUAGCUUCAGUCCUCCUCUAGGUACAUUGACUUCAAUACAAAACCCAGGAGGCACGAGGUUCAACCCACCCAUAGACUUACACAGUAAUUAUGACAACUUCCGGAGGACAUCCUCCAGCCUAUCAGAUUUCUUGCAGCAUGAACUGACAUGUUGUCCACCCAAUAAAAUAAUCAGAUAAUUAAUCUAGUACUGAAAUCAUAAGCUACAGCUAGCUAGCACUGCAGUGUAUAAAAUGUGGUGAGUAGUUGACUCAAAGAGAGAGAAAAGACAAUAGUUGAACAGGUAUGAAAAAAUGUAUUUCUUCCAAAAUGAAGGAGAAGCAAAAGAGAAAUAGAGAGAGAUUUUGUCUUUUUUUUUGUUCACUUUCAAUUUCACUUAGUUAACAAAUGCAGCUAGCUAAUUUAGCCUACUGAAACACACUGUUCAAACAGAGGGAUGCUAUGUUAGCUAGCUGGCUAUGACUAUCCAAUACAAGACUGGAACUCUUCUAAGUCAAGGUAAGCUUUUGGUAUUACUAAUUUUUUUGCCACCAGGGCCCUGUACACUAACAUUACUGUGUGAUUGUAGCGGGUUUACUAAUGGGUUGGUUCUAUUAACUAUGCUGACUAUGACGCUACUUUAGCUAAUAUGGUGACAACGAUGUAGGCUGUGUGUAGCGGUACAGCUUGGAAAGGUUUUUUACUGUUGUGCAUUGAAGUCCAUAGGCGAAGGGACAAGAUUAGAGGAGGAGAGCGCGGACUAUAACGUGCUAUGAAAGUGAACUGUGUUUACGCGUGUAAUUCGUUCUGCCGAUUCUGGUGAAAUAUGCUUAUUAAACGGAAGCAAACAGAAAAAAACGGGGAUAGACAUACUUGAAUUUGUCCAAUAGAAACUCUCGUUUGCAACUGUUGGACUAAUGAUUACACCCUAUAUCAGCUGGUAUGCUGAUAUAGGUGGUAUUGUGCAAGGUGGUAUUGAUGUCACUGUCUGUUGCCUCAAAUUUGUCUCUCAACCUGUGUGCAGCUACGUUAUAAACAUUCAUUCAUAGGCUAGGUUGUAGCAACGUCAUAGGGAAAAGUAUUCUAGUAUCACGUAGUGGCCUAAACCUAUCGCUGUUACAUUGAACUAGGUGAAUGGAAUAUGAACGAGAGUCAUCCAAUAUGCUGUGAUAUAAAUAAAUCGUCCUCCCUCAUCUUAAACGGUACUGACCGCCACUGGUGUGUGUGUGUAUGUAUGCCUAUCUUUGUGUGUCUGUUUGUAUGCAUGUGAGAAAGAGAGAGACACAGUGAGAGAGAAAUACAAUGAGAGAGAGAGAGAAAAAGAGAGAGUUCUAAAAGUGUUAAAGCUGAAUGGUAGUGUUCCAGACAGCACUUCCUUAUGAAUUCCAGAUUGCAGACGUCACUGUCUGAGGAACAGUCUUGGUGGCUGUGCAGCCACGGAGGGGAGAUGAUGCUUAUCAUUGAGCGCGUUCCAGAUUGUAGUUUUUUUUGCAGGCGCGCUGUGCAUCUCAUGCUUAGGUCCAUGCUUUUUGUUGUGGAAAUGAAGGCACUGUGAUUUGACCGGUAUUCCCAGCAUAAUCCUCUAGUUGUUGCAGGUAGAAAAUCCUAGGAAAUGUUCUGUAAUUGACACAAGCUGUUUCCAAUCAAUCAACCAAUCAAUGUCUGGUUGUGCAUGUGUGUUUGGCAGGGGAUGGCCUGAGCCAGGGAAGGCGUGGCUCUGCGAAUCUCAAUCACACAAAACCUAUUAUUUGUCAGUUAAUACUAUUUGUAGAUCAGUAAUUCUACACCUCACUCUGCUUAAGCUGAUCCUCUCAAAUGGACUCGGAAGUUGUAGCUAGAAAUUGGUCAGGUAAGGGAAGUAGUCAAUUUAACCAACCAUGGAAGUAUAUUGGGGCCAAUUUUAGGGGCGGCCCAGUCCCGGGACUCGAACCUGGGUCCAGCAAUUGUUAAUAAGCCAACAAUUUAACAGUUAAGGUGUUGGCUUGACAGUCGCUGAACACAGGUUUGAUUCCGGGGCAGGGUUACACCCAGAAUUCACAAUUAAUUUCAAUUUCACUCAUUCAUUUACUCCACCAAUAAGCACGGGAUUGAGCUGCUUGCUAUGGAACAGGUAAACUAGUUGUUUCCAUGUUUGAUUGUUAAGUGCAGGCACGAGAAGUGACUGAUAUUUCAUGGGUGGGGAGAGGGAGCGAGAGAAAAGGGUGGACAUGGAGGGGGUUUUGCUUGAAGCACUGAACAUCAUGACACGAUGUGAAAAGGAUUGUGUUUAGUCUAUUACAGGCAUCAUCACUUCACUGACUUACGAAUUCUACACUAGACAUUAGGACAUUGGAAUAAAAAAUAAUAACCGGUUCUCAAGAGAUGAAAGUAUCGGUUCUGUUGCAGAACACUGGAGAUCACUCUUGUUUGCUAAAGUGGUAAGGUUAAUCAUUUGGCUGACAAUUAAAGGUUUUUAUUUACAUUUACUAACACCAAUGACACUUGGUAUUUAGACACACCAAAUGAUCAAUGAAAUCCUCAAAUGUAUGACAUACUAAAAGGGUGUGAUUAACUAAUAAUUGUAUUUAAUAUAGACCCCUCCCCCAAUAACAGUUUGCCACCGGAGGGAAUGCUCAAGGUUCUUGUUUAUCUUUGUAAUGAGUGAUAUUCAAGGCAGUAACACCAAAUGAAAUAAAACUUAGGGACACAUAUUAUAUUGGUUUUAAUAUCAUUCUUAUAAAAGUAUUCUAAUAGCAUUCUUUGUUUUUAUUGAUCUAUACAUUAUUUAAAUAAUGUUGUUUACUUUCUAGCAUUUAAAAUGAUUGAUAGAUAUCUCUAAAACAUGUCACUACUACUCUACUCAACGCUACUGGGACAAGCCAAUUUGCUUGCCCUAAUGACUUUAAACAAUGCAUACAGGGCAUUCGGGAAAGCAUUCAGACCCCUUGACUUUUUCCACAUUUUGUUACAUUACACAUUAAUGAUGGAGGCCAGGCUCCCGGGUGGUGCAGUGGUUAAGGGCGCUGUACUGCAGCGCCAGCUGUGCCAGCAGAGACCCUGGGUUCGCGCCCAGGCUCUGUUGUAACUGACCAGGAGGUCCGUGGGACAACGCACAAUUGGCUUAGCGUCAGUAGGGAUAUCCUUGUCUCAUCAGGAAGCAGUGGUGGGCUGGGCGCAGUGCACAAGGUUGCCAAGUGCACAGUGUUUCCUCUGACACAUUGGUGCGGCUGGCUUCCUGGUUGGAUGUGCGCUGUGUUAAGAAGCAGUGUGGCUUGGUUGGGUUGUGUAUCGGAGGACGCAUGACUUUCAACCUUCGUCUCUCCUGAGCACGUACGGGAUUGUAGUGAUGAGACAACAUAGUAUCUACUAAAAAAACAAUUGGAUACCAUUAAAUUGGGGAGAAAAAGGGCAAAAAAAUAAAAAAUGAUGAAGGCCAAUGUGUUCUUAGUGACCUUCAAUACUGCAGACAUAUUUUGGUACCCUUCCCCAGAUCUGUUUUGCUCUGACAUGCACUAUUAAAUGUGGGACCUUAUAUUGACAAGUGUGUGCCUUUCCAAAUCAUGUACAAUCAAAUGAAUUUACCACAGGUGGACUCAAUCACGUUGUAGGAACAUCUCAAGGAUGAUCAAUGGAAACAGGAUGCACUUGAGCUCAAUUUCGAGUCUCAUAGCAGAGUCCAAAUACUUAUUUAAAUAACGUUUUUCUGUUUUUUAUUAUUAUACAUUUGCAAAAAUGUCAAAAACCUGUUUUUCGCUGUGUCAUUAUGGGGUAUUGUGUGUAGUUUGAAGAGGAAAUGUUUUUAUUUAAUCCAUUUUAGAAUAAGGCUGUAAUAUAACACUGUGGCAAAAGUCAAGGGGUCUGAAUACUUUCCGAAUGCAGUAUAUGUUUAUCAUUGAUAAACAGCUCGUGAUAAACAAAAAACAUGUAUGAUGUGUAACGUUUUGACAUUUUUAAAGUAUUUUUCAUGGUUUCAAACGCGGGGGGACACGACGCAAUUCAAGAAAGCCGCAAUUCAAGAAAGACCCUUCUCCGGGCUUUGUGAGGUCUGAUUUUCUGCACAGUGCAGAUGCAAUAAACAUGGCCUAGAUCGCGACCAUUACAUUGAGGGCUAGUUUCAUCUGCAUUGAUAUGUAGAAGUUGUGUUUUUUUUUUUUUUACUUUGUUGAAAGGGGUACUGAACUCACAGUGCAUGCUCUGUGCACAGUUAGCAUGUAGCCUAGCGUGUUGUGCAUGGUACUGAAGAAAAGUGAAAGUCAUGUUUUGUUUAACCAUGUCUGCAUAUUUAAAGUAUAUGGAUACUCCAAUGUCUGUUAACAAUACAAUUUCUAUGUUACUAUAAUGUGUGUGGGUGUGGGUGCUUUACAUUCCCAGCACAGUCUGUAUUAUAUUACUGUUGGCCACUAGAUGUCAGUCCACGUUGGUAGCAGGAGAAAUAAUUGACACUAUACUCCCCCUCUUCUCAAGUCAGUGCAUCUGAUUUUCGGUGUAGGGUGAAGUUGCCCCUAUGCACUGAUCUUGGGUCAGUUUUGCAUUUACUUCACUAAUGGUUAAGGUUAGCAUUAGUGGAGGGGAAGCUGAUCCUAGAUAUUCCUGGGGGAAACUUCAGCCUGGCACAUUAUUCUCUCUAAUCAGGGACUGAUUCAGACCUGGGACACCAGGGCUGCGUUCACACAGGCUGCACAAUUCUGUCAUGUUUUUUUUUUCACAAAUCUGCCUUUUGACCAAUCAGAUCGGCUCUGAAAAAGAUCUGAUAUGAUUUGUCAAAAUACCAGUUAGUGGGGAAAAAAUAUAAUAAUUGGGCGGCCUGCCUCUCAUACAGUAUGACUAAUAAAACCUUACCUUGAACUUGCACGUGUAUAAAGCAGCCUAUGUGAUUGGAAUCUGGCCAAUCAGUGAUAUUAAAGGAAUAAUUCGGCCAAAUUACA